AUGGCGACCAAACAGCAGGCAUCUGGUCCUGCUCAAAAGAAAUGGCUUACACGAGCACCAGCUGUGUACAACAAGCUGCCCGGCACACUUUUCCUGGGCCCGGAACGACUCGUCUGGAAACAGGAAGGUGUACCGCAACCAGCAGUUAACGUCAAGCUAGACAAGGCAAGCGCGAUGUUCAACUCGAAAGAAGGCGCACUUCCUGUCCGUCUCAAGCUCACAUUCACCGACAACGAAAAAGGCUUCCAAUUUGCGUUCUCUUCCCCCGAACCCUCGACAGCCCUAGAACACCGAACUUCAUUCGUCAACCACCUCACCCCACUUAUCAAUAGGAACAAGGCUGCCUUGCUUGGCUCGCCCGGUCCUGGUACGCCUGGCACUCCCGGGUCGGGCGACGGGCCCGGCACUCCUGUACCUGGUGUUCCCGCGGGGAGCACAGCCCAGAUCGGAGAAGAGAACCAGCUACGCCGCUCAGUGCUGCUCAAGCAUCCCCCACUCGCCGCUCUCCAUCGGCAGCUCGUCCUUUCCGGUCAGCUCACAGAGACCGAUUUCUGGCAAGGUCGGUCCUCCCUCCUCCUGGCCGAGCGGGCCUCUCAGGAGCAGAAAAGAGGGCGCGCGAGCACCCUGGUGGACCCGAAACCGCAGACAGCGGAGGGAGGGGAUAUCAAGAUUGUGGUUACGCCGCAGUUGGUGCACGAGAUUUUUGAAGAGUUCCCCGUGGUGGGGAGGGCGUAUGCAGAGAAUGUACCGGGAGAAAUGUCCGAAUCCGCAUUCUGGCAACGAUACUUCCAAUCCGCGCUCUUCCACCAAAACCGUGCCUCGACGCGUUCCUCCGCACCCCAAACCCAGAUCAAGCCCGACCCGAUAUUCGACCGCUACCUGGUGCCUGAAGACGAUCAGCCGUCCCCUAUCUCCCGCUCAGCUGGGGGGGCAUUGGAGGAAGUGGACCGAUUGCUAGACCUGGCUGCGACUGAGGAAGACCACGAACAAGGAGGGAACCAAAAGGACGUCACGAUGCGGCCUGGGAGGGAGCGGGGGAUCUUACCCCUUAUCAGGAGGUUCAAUAAUCAUUCGGAGAGGUUGGUCAAGGCGUCUCUGGGAGAGGACGGGAGGGAUGCUGCCGAGGAGGGCGGGGACAGGAAGAGGAGGAGACUGGAGGGAGGCGAGGUGGGCAGGUUCAACCCAAACGACUACUACGACGAGAUCGUCAUCUCCGACCUGAUUGACCAACAUGCCUCGUCCGGCGUACAGCUCGAUAUGUUGAACGCCUCCCUUUUCUCCACCUCCGCUCCUUCAGCAACGCGCGCCUCCCUCCCCCAACGCACACCCGCGGAGUCCACCGCUCUCCUCCACACCUUCCAACAGGAAACAAAAGACUACCUACCAUCUCUUCAUUCUCUGAAGCCUAACCGGCGCGCAGGGGAACAUGCACUACAGAGUAUGACGAGCACCGUGCGCGCUGCACACGUCGCGCACCGGUCUCUCCCGCCUAUACCUCCCGAGUUCCUGAGGGGGAUGACCACCUGCCAGACAGCGGCGAACGAGUUCCUCCGCCAGUUCUGGGGCGCUGUCCUUCCCCCUCCUUCUCUGUAUCCAGCGUAUGGAGGUCAGGAUGUUGGCGGAGGGAGGGUGUUGGGCAUGAGCGGGAGGGAGAGAGCUCAGAAGGCGGGUAAGAUGGCGGGAUUUUUGGCCGGCACGGGGGAAAAGGUGGAUGCUCUCGUGAGGCAGGCUGAGGGGGAGGGGGUGGAUCCGGAGCGGGUGAGGGCGGCAUUUGCACCCCUCAUGUUCGCGGUGGAUAAGGCGCUCAAGGUAUACAGCCAGCGCAGGAAGAAGGCGACAUGA